AUGUCUUCUUUACGGCCCUCGCUACGUCCCAUCCGUUUCUCACCAUGGAGGAAGUCACCUUCGCGGACUUAUUCAUCGCCCAGUUCAGCCUCGUCAUCCCCCAAAGACCCUCGUUCCCGUUUGCGCCGCUUCAAUGAUCGCCUGCCAUCGUUUCUUCGAACCUACACAACGCCGCUUCUGGGGGCCCCUGGAACGCAUAUUACCUCUUUCUUGAUCCUACAUGAGAUGACAGCGAUCGUUCCCCUCUUUGGUCUGGUGGCGGCCUUCCACUAUGGGAAUUGGCUACCGGAUCUGACGUCGAGUGGUGCGUUCGAGGAUGGCACGCGGCGCUUUGGACGGUGGCUGCGCAAGAAGGGCUGGGUAGAGGAAGAUGCGGAAAUGGACAUGGAAUUGCCGGCGAAGGAGCGCAAGGAAGGGUCGGCCGACUACAAAGACUUGACCCCUCCACAGGACGGAAAGAAAGGUAUGCGUCUAGUGUGGGAGUUUGCGACGGCUUAUGCAGUCACCAAGGCUCUACUGCCGCUGCGAAUCGCCGCCAGCGCCUGGGCCACGCCGUGGUUUGCCAGAACUAUCCUUGGUCCCGUUGGGGGGAGAAUCCGGACGCUGUUUUGGCGGAAAUAG